AUGGGGCAGGCUCAUUCGGACAAAAAGAAUAAUUCGCACGAUGGAAACGUGAAGCGAAAAGGGGAAAAGAGGUUAUUUUACCUCGGAGUCAAACGAAGAAGGACAAGGAGUCCCUUGAAGGAGCAAAACAUAGAAACCUACAGAAACACUGGCGUUAAAAAUUUGGCUGAACCAAAGAACGAAAAAAUUUAUACUGCAUUGAGUUUGACCGAAUAUGCCAAGAACUCAGAAAUGGUUGCUUUCUUUAGGUUAUUUGACGAUGACCUCAUUCAAGAUUUUCUGUGGAUGGAUUCUUGUGUAAAAAUAUCCGACAAAUACUUACUCGCAAUGGUAUACGCUUAUUUCAAACGAGCAGAGUUGACCAGACGUGAAUACACCCGGACAAAUUUUUUCCUGGCCUUAUAUUUAGCCAAUGACAUGGAAGAAGACGACGAGGAUCAGAAAUACGACAUUUUGCCUUGGGCACUUGGCCAUAAGUGGCGCGACUUGUUUGACGGCUUCCUUGCCAAACGUGAUAAGUUAUGGAAGAAAAUGAACUACAGAGCUGUUGUAAGCCGGCGAACAUGCGAUGAGGUCAUGUCCAUUGCACCAAGUCAUCCCAUUUGGCAACGAACGAGAAAGCCUCACCAUGGUGGAGCCAUACCUGAAAAUUCAUUCUUGGAAGAAGUUAACCUCACGCCGCGAGGCCCUGGUGCAAGUCCUUUACAUUGCAAGCAAUGUGAAGAAUUGAAGAAACUAGACUCUGGUUCAUCUGGAUAUUUAUCAUCACCACAAUCCAGCGAGGUCUUUUUUAAAGAAAUCAAUGCGCUGCAUUUUAUUUUAUCCCUUCAACACUAUCAUAAUGAGUAA